AUGAAAAUAUGACAGAGGUCUGCUAGAGAAGACUGGGUCCGCAAAACAGGCUAUACUGUCAAAGACUUGUUUUCUUUAUAGCGUUGUUCACUGAGAGUGGAUGUUGCAACUGAAUCUACGGAUCUGCUGAAUGUCGCUGUAUUGGGACCAGCUUCAUCUGCGUGGGUAUGAUGUCAGAUGCGUUGCCUGGUGACGUGAGGCUGCGUUGCCUGGUGAUGUGAGAUGCGUUGCCUGGUGAUGUGAGGCUGCGUUGCCUGGUGAUGUGAGAUGCGUUGCCUGGUGACGUGAGAUGCGUUGCGUGCUGGCGCGGGUCAACUAUAAGACACUGGUGGUGGUGUGUGUGGUGUUCACGCUCGUCACCGUGCUGCUGUGGAACCGCUGCUCCAACGCCCCCCCGCUCGGCCCCGCCCACCCCCCGCCGGCCCCCACGGCUGAGGCCGAGGCCGACGCCCCCGACCGCCCGGAGGCUCCGCCCAUCGCCAGGGAGGUUCCGUACGAGGAGAUCGAGUGCCUCAUCAACGAGGACGCCACCAUCAAGGGCCGGCGCGAGGGCGCGGAGGUGUUCCUGCCGUUCUCGUGGGUGGAGAAGUACUUCGGCGUGUACGGCAGGGUGGCGCAGUACGACGGCACCGAGCGCUUCGAGUUCUCCCACAGCUACUCCAGAGUGUACGCGCAGCGCGAGCCCUACCACCCCGACGGAGUCUUCAUGGCCUCUGAGGCCCACAACGUGGAGCUGCGCGAGAGGGUCAAGUGCAUCAGUGGAGCAGAGGGAGUCCCGGUGUCCACCCAGUGGGGCACUCAGGGCUACUUCUACCCCAUCCAGAUCGCCCAGUACGGGCUGAGCCACUACAGCAAGAACCUGACGGAGCGGCCACCUAGCGUGGAGCUCUACGACAGGCCGGACGCCACGGCGACAGGCCCCGCCCCCUGGACCAUUCCAAAGGGGUGUGGCCUCACGAGAGUCCAUGACUUCGCACGCUCCACAUCCGCACGACAGUUCAGUGCCGCGGAUGAUUGUCCAGGCAUCUCUCUGGCUCUGGCCAACUCCAAGGACUUCGUCCUGGCGUUUGACGUGAAGUUCCUGACCAACGGGAGCGUGUCGGUGGUGCUGGAGACGUCCGAAAAGGGCCCUCCCUUCGUCAUCCACUACGUGACCAGCUCUGUGCUGCUGGCGUAUAAGGAUCGCGAGGUCACCUACGGCAUCGGCGCCCGGGCCGCAUGGAGCACGGUGACGCGCGACCUGCUGACGGACCUCCGUAAGGGCGUGUCCAGCAGCAAGGCGGUGCGGCCCGCGAGGCCCUCGAGGGUGGUGGUGCCUCGGCGCGUGGUGGAGCUGCAGCUGCGCGGCGCCGGCUUCAUCGACAACAUCACCAUCUCGUCCACCGCCCACCGUGCCGCCUUCCUCUGCGCCGCCCGCUGGUUGCUACGGCACCAGGACGAGCGCGGCGGCUGGCCCAUCAGGGUGGCGCGGAGGCUGGGCGAGGGCUUCCGCCCGCUGGAGCCCGGCUGGUACUCGGCGACGGCGCAGGGCCAGGGCAUGUCCGCGCUGGUGCGUGCCUACCUGCUCACCCGCGACCCGGCCUUCCUCAGCGCCGCGCUGCGCGCCACCGGGCCCCUCAAGCGGCCCGCCGAGCAGCACGGCGUCAAGGCCGUGUUCAUGAACAAGCUGGACUGGUACGAGGAGUACCCCACCACGCCCAGCUCCUUCGUGCUGAACGGCUUCAUCUACGCCCUCAUCGGCCUGCACGACGUGGCCGAGACCGCGGGGGACAAGCUGGGCCACGAGGCGGAGGUCCUCUUCAGCCGAGGAAUCGAGUCUCUCAAGGCCAUGCUGCCGCUCUUCGACACCGGCUCCGGCACCGUCUACGAUCUGCGUCACUUUGUGUUAGGCACCGCCCCCAACGUGGCGCGCUGGGACUACCACACCACCCACAUCAACCAGCUGCAGCUGCUCGCCUCCUUCCACAGCGCCCCCAUCUUCAGAGAGUACCUCAAACGCUGGAAGACCUACCUGAAGGGAGGGCGUGCCAAGCACAACUAGCCCUGUUCAGAGACUAUCUCAAGCCACGCACAACUAGCCUGGUUCAGAGACUAUCUCAAGCCACGCACAACUAGCCUGGUUCAGAGACUAUCUCAAGCCAAGCACAACUAGCCCUGUUCAGAGACUAUCUCAAGCCACGCACAACUAGCCUGGUUCAGAGACUAUCUCAAGCCAAGCACAACUAGCCCUGUUCAGAGACUAUCUCAAUUCAAGUCAAGUUUAUUUAUAUAGCACAUUUCAUACACAGAGGUCAUUGCUUGUGCUUUACAUAAACAAAACCAAACAGUAAUAGCAGAUGAAAGCAGAUGGGCAAAGUAUUAAAAAAAGAUCGUAAUAAAACAAAAAAAGAAAGCAUAAAUCGUGGUAAAAUCAUUUAAAAACAAAGAAUAAUUAACAAAAAAAGAUGAAGGACUUCUGGUGGAUACUUUGCAGGAGUCUAAUGUAGCAAACCAGUGACCGUGAUAUAUCCAGUGAUCAUGAUCCUUUUAUAACGCCUAGACAUUCAAACACUCAAGCACUGAAGACCACCUCAAGGGAUGCCGUGCUAAACACAACUAGCCUGGUCCUCAAGAGUCCUGUUAGUCACAACUAGCCUGUUCCACUAGAGUCCUGUUAGUCACAACUAGCCUGGUCCACUAGAGUCCUGUUAGUCACAACUAGCCUGGUCCACUGGAGUCCUGUUAGUCACAACUAGCCUGGUCCACUGGAGUCCUGUUAGUCACAACUAGCCUGGUCCACUGGAGUCCUGGUGGUCAUACUGUGAAGCGGCUUUACACAUGUUUUCAAAUCAAAUCCAUGUUACUUUGCCAAUGCUUGUUUUUUUAGUCCUCCAGAACAGUGUGGCUAUCAGACCAGAUCCUGGAAAAACAGCAGAGUAGUGUGUGUAGAAAAGCAUGUACCCUGUCCUGGCUGUAGUGUCUGUAGAAAAGCAUGCACCUUGUCUUGGCUGAGCAUUGGUGUCUGCACUUACAGGCCAGGCAGAUUUGAGAGCAGGCAUACUCUGAAGUAGUACUCAUACUCUGAGAAGUAAAUAUUGGCCACACUGUUGUGUAGGUGACCAUAUAGAAGUGGAUCAGGCUGAAACAGCAUCAUGAUGGUUUAUACCGGAACUCAAAGAGCAGCCUUAGACUCUUACUGUGCGUUCACACCAAGACCGUCAAGAGCGCCGGAAAUCAUUCAUUUUCUAUGGAGAGCCGGCGUUACCGGCGUCAAAAGCAUUCUGGGCGUGAGCGUGGCUUCAUGAGCUUCACGGGCGUCAAAAAAAAGUUGAGCCUCAGUUAACUUUAUGGUAAUUAGCUAUGACAUGGUUCGGCGUCAACUAAUCAGAAUGUCAAACUCGCAGGAUUGCUGCUUGUGGUUUGUCCAAAUGUUUCACGUCAUGGCUUUGACGCUUUCGGAGCUGAACUGGGUUGAGCGUCGGGCUAUGAGCUUCACCAGCGACUUCGACGCUUUUGACGGUUCUGGUCUGAACGCACAGUUAGAUGGAGAUUUAGAAUGACAUCCCCUUCAUCUUAUUGCAGCAGAUAAAAUAAAUGAUUCAUGAGAUGACCUUAUCAGCGGCCAUCAAGACACUAGCCUGAAUCAGCUAUAGACUGUUACACUACCCAAAGCUGGAGGAAGUAGCUCUUUUCAGUACAAGCUUUUGACAGUUCAUUCAAAUUACUUUUCAAAGUUCUUGAAAUGGAGAAUUUUGUUCUAACUGCAUUAACAAGUGUCUGGUCCAAUAGCCACUGCCUUUUCAAAACCACAUCUUUUCUCUGUGUCUACUGUGAGUAAAAAGCACACAUCCCCCAGUGACACACACUAUAGUCUACUGUGGGUUACCUACAGUGACAUGCAGUAGCCUACUGUGGGUUAGCUAUAUAUCCCCAUGCAGUAGCCUACUGUGGGUUAGCUACAUAUCCCCAUGCAGUAGCCGACUGUGGGUUAGCUAUAUAUCCCAAGGGGGCAGGCGAACGUUGGGAGAGUGUAGAGAGUAUGGCCGCCGCCAUGGUAACCGCCAUGGUAAAUAGGAGACCAGUGCUAGCUAGCCAUUCCAUUGAAUCCUAUGGGGCGUAAGCGCCACUUUUGACAUCAAAUAACGUUACAGCUGAAGCGUUUUUAGCCUUUGUACGAACCUUUUCUAUUUUCGGAGUAAAUACAACAUUGUGAGAUUGGCGUUAUAUCCUCGUCGCUAACUGUCUUAUCGGCUGAGUAAUAAACGUUUUUAUGAAAUCAAUGCUAAAGUGUUAAUGCGCACGCGUCCAGAGAGAGCGUCGCCAUAGGUCAGACUCGGUCAGACUACGUGCCUACGUCACAUGUACAACACCUGAGCCUGCGCAGGAGACCUAUGCAGGAAAUAGAAGGCCAAAAAAAAAAAAAAAACAUUGAAAUUUGCUUCCUCGGUCUCUGCUGACGUCUACGUGAUAGCUCUGUCCAUAUCUUUUACUGUCUGUGAUAUAUCCCCAUGCAGUAGCCUACUGUGGGUUAGCUGUAUAUAUCCCCAUGCAGUAGCCUACUGUGGGUUAGCUACAUGCUACAUAUCCACAUAUGGCCUACAGUACGCUAGGUAAGCUACAUGCUACAUAUCCACAUACAGCCUACAGUACGCUAGGUAAGCUACUGUACAUGCUACAUGUCCACAUACAGCCUACAGUACGCUAGGUAGCUACCCACCCCCCACCCAACACACACACACACACACACACACAUGCAGUGCUUUUUCUGUUGCAGUACAGUCCUGUAUGUAUGUCCUUCCUUAUCUACUGAUCAAAUGAAGCUGUAGAAGAGCAAUCAUUCAGUAAAAACUCUUAGAGCAGUCGUUAGCACUUUAAAACUAACUUUAAUCGAAAAGAUGUUUGUUGGUGUGUGUGUGUGCUGACAGAUUGUUCAAGUGUUGACUAGAUAAACCUGAUUUUACGGAUGCACAACAAUGUUUAGACAAGAACUGUCCAGCAAGCCUUGAGACAUGAGCCCAAUGUCCUGCUACUAGCCUACUAUCACCCUCCUCAGUGAGUGGGCUCCCAUUCCCAUAACAUGAGAUGCACAGUGACCUCAUCUGAGUUCUGAACAGGGUGUGUAAGGCUGUGAGGAACUUUACAUUUUGUAGGCUGUAGGGUAUUCUUUAUCGGUGCCAACUCAUUUGAAUGUGUACAAUAAAAGGUGUUAUUCAUCUGUU